AUGGCUGAUAAACCGCAUGUCCGCGCGCCUGCACCGAGUCCGAUCGGCACUGCAUCAGAACGGUUUACUGCUCAUAUCACGUCGCCAUGUUCGGAUAAAAAGUCUUGUGGCAGAGGAAGGUUCUGCGAUGAAUAUUAUGGGAGAUGUGAGAGACUGCGACGACGAUCAGAUUUCUGUCGAAAAGAUCAUCAUUGUCACAGAAAACAUGAAUGUGUGUUUGGCCGAUGUCGGAAAGAAAUUCCCAAGGGACAAGAAGGUAGCCGGUGUGCUUCGGAUGGUGAUUGUCCAUCAAACCACUGCUGUGCUCGGCAACACGGGGAAUACAUUUGCAAACCAAAACUCCGACAAUCUAUGAAAUGUUUUGUGCCUGCCGGUGGACUUGAUUACUCGUUAAAUGAACAAUGCCCCUGUGAAAAUGGAUUGAUUUGUCGUUAUGAACCACUAAAACCCUCUACAGCUUCCCCAGUGAACAAAAUAUCGCCGAAAAAUGAAUGGUUCCAGUUCUCGUCCGACACAGAGCAUAUGCGCUGCCUCCCGGUUAGUUCAGGAUCGACGACUCAUAACGAAGAUUAUUAUGACGUUCAGAGAGUGACAAGCAACGCCAAGAAGAGCAACAAUAGGCAUUAA